ACAUCCACCUCCCCCUAUACCCUCCCCCUCCUCACAGCAGCCCUUUCAGCGACACACCACAUUUCUGUUCAUCCUUCACCAGCCACCGAACAUCACCUUGUUCCUCCUCCGGGACCAGAUAACGAAUACCAGGCUUUCUUUAAACCUGUGCAAUCAUGUCCUCAGUGCUCCAAAAGCUUAUCAGCCCUCAGGCCGGCAGCGCUGCUGAGCCUCCCAGGAACAAGGUGACGGUGGUCGGGGUGGGCCAAGUGGGCAUGGCCUGUGCUGUCAGCAUCCUGCUGCGGGACCUGUGUGAUGAGCUGGCUCUGGUCGAUGUGAUGGAGGACCGUCUUAAAGGAGAGAUGAUGGACCUCCAGCACGGCAGCCUUUUCCUCAAAACCUCCAAGAUAAUGGCAGACAAAGACUACGCAGUGACGGCCAACUCUCGCCUAGUCGUGUUGACUGCUGGUGUUCGCCAGCAGGAGGGAGAGAGCCGCCUCAACCUGGUGCAGAGGAAUGUUAAUGUCUUCAAGUCCAUCGUCCCUCAGAUUAUCAAGUACAGCCCCAACUGCACAAUCAUUGUGGUCUCCAACCCUGUUGAUGUGCUGACAUAUGUGACCUGGAAGCUGAGCGGUCUGCCAAAGCACCGUGUCAUUGGCAGCGGCACCAAUCUGGAUUCAGCCCGCUUCCGUUACCUGAUGGCUGAGCGACUCGGCAUCCAUGCCAGCUCUUUCAACGGCUGGGUGCUGGGUGAGCACGGAGACACCAGCGUGCCCGUGUGGAGCGGAGCAAAUGUGGCCGGAGUCAACCUGCAGAAGCUGAACCCUGAUAUCGGCACUGAUGCCGAUAAGGAGCAGUGGAAGGCCACACACAAGGCAGUGGUGGACAGUGCCUAUGAGGUGAUCAGGUUGAAGGGAUACACCAACUGGGCCAUCGGCCUGAGCGUUGCUGACCUCACCGAGAGCAUUGUCAAGAAUCUGAGCCGUGUCCAUCCCGUCUCCACCAUGGUCAAGAACAUGUACGGUAUCGCUGAAGAGGUCUUCCUGUCCCUGCCCUGCAUUCUGAACAGCAACGGUGUGAACAGUGUGGUCAACAUGACUCUCACUGAUAAUGAGGUUGCCCAGCUGAAGAAGAGUGCUGACACACUGUGGGGGAUCCAGAAAGACCUCAAGGACCUGUGAACACACCACGUAUCACUCCCAUGAUGCAGUGAGGCCUGUCCUCGCACACGCAGUCCUUUCAUAAUCUUGCCCAUUCUUCUAGCUUUGUGUUGCCUUAUUUUGAAGAACAGUACCAGUGUUUUUAAGACUGUCAGGGAACUUUUCAGUUUUACAUCAUGUUUCUGCUCACUCCAUGCCAAUCACCAGAUUAUUUGUAGGUCUAAAAAUACUGGUAUGCUUUUUUUU